AUGCCUUUUACAGACCUCCCCAGCGAGAUCAUCCACAUGGUCCUCUCCCAGAAGUGCCUAGGUACCGAGGAGCUCCAGCCGUUCCUUCGUUGCAAGAGAACCUCCACAGCUGCCUACCACAGACUCCUAUCGGGGAGAAACAUCAGCAUUACGUGCCUGGACAAGCACGUGGACAUGGCCGACCACUUCGAUUUUGGCUUUUACGGGGUAUCAUCUACUUCAGACGUGGGGACCUUGCAAUGCCACUUGCACCACUGCCUCAAACCAGCCAGACUGAGACUCGGGGCUCUCAAGAGGUCUUCAAAAAUCACGCUAAACAUGCGUUUUGACGGCACCUCCGUUGCCCUCCUCAGAAACUUGACCCACCUAGCAUCGCACUUGGCUCACUCAAGCCCCAAGGAGCUCCACUUGCAUGUCACAUUGGCCUACGAGGGCAACGAACCAUCCAAAUCCAUUUUCUCCGUCCUCAAGUGUCUAGCUGCUAUCCCCCACUGCUCCAGCCACCUCAAGUUGUGCCUCCAGGCCCACCACCUUCUGUUUUUCGCAGCCAAUAUGUCUGAGCUUGACUUGACGAGUUUGAACGUGAAGACCCAUGGGGAGUUUGCAGAACUGAAGGAGCCGGUCUCCUUCGAUGUCAGCGGUAUCUCCAAACUCAAAAUUAUGUCCAAUUACGCCAUUCCAAAUUUGUCGUUCACUGGCUGCGAAAACUCGGCUCUCCAGACAUUGGAGUUCCACCUCCCUAUCUCAGCUCACUCCCAGUGGAUCGAAGAAAACCAGCUCAAAAAUCUUCAAUUCUUGGAAGAUCUUCGGAUUUUCUCCGUCAACGACUGCCACUCCUUACAGGUCUUGUUGUCCGGAACAUAUACCCUCCCUCAUUUACUCAACUUGUACAUAUCCUUUACUGAGCUGAUUCACGAUAUCGACUGCUUUGAUUUCGAUACCUUUGCUCCAUCCUUGGACUUUUUAUUUAUCCAGGACCGCCGCUCAACCAAGACAUGCAACAAAGUGUGCAAGUACACUGUAUAG